GAAGAGAAGAAGACGAACAGAAGCAGUUAAGUUUUAAUUUAGAACUAGCAAGUUUUUUUCGGAAUGAGGCGUAUAAAGUAAUCCUCAUCCAUCUAACCAGACGUUUAAUUUUGGAAUAAAAUUAAAUACAAGAACAAUAAAUAGAACCGAAAUAAUUUAGAAUACCUAAAAAUUAUUUUAAAACACGGAGCAGAAAAAUGGACUUUUAAACAACUAAGUUAAUAUGCAUUUACAGUUACCGUGAUUUGAUAAUAACUAGACGUAUUAUAAAGUUGAAGAUAUAUACAAUGAACAUCAAUAUUUAUCACUAUAGAGGUUGAGGUGUAAUGUAUAUUUAUGAAUAACUGUUUAAAGUGCUAUGAAUAUGGCGUUAGGCCUAUAUGCUAGAUCCUGAAGGAAUAAAAUUCAAGAUGGCCGCUGUGUGGUAAGUUAAAAAAUGACGUACAUUGCUACGCCGAAAGUAUCUGGAUUCCAGUGAUAUUUUUGAUAUGUAGAUCAUCUUUUUUGAAUUCUAUGUGGAAGUGGAAUGAUAUGCCGAGCUCAGAAGAACUGAGAUCUCGGCCUGGAAUAAACAGAGAAUCACCGGGCUGUAGUGCCAAUAGAACGCACAGCUCUGGACAUAAUAGGAAAUCGAGGCAUAGUGUUCAAAGUGGACUACGCAGACAUAGGAAAUCUGCUCAUAAAGCUCACAAAAAGAAACAUGUGAAAGCAGAGAAGGAGAUUGCAAUUCCUGUGAAACCUCUUGUUGAAUAUGAUGAUGUAAGUUCAGACUCUUCUUUUUUUUCUGAUCAAAGAGACAGUUCUGUUGAGAAAAAAUCCUCUCCUGACAUACGAGAAAGCAGGGUUGAUAAAAAACGUAGUGCCGUGCAAGAUGUUUCGAUCAAGCCACAUAAAAAAAGACCAAAAGACAAGUAUCAUUCUGAAAGAAAGGAUCGUAACAGAGAUCGUGAAGAAAAGUUAGCUUCUAAUACAAGGAGCAGAAGCCAUUCCAGGAAACGAGGAAAGUCAGAUAGAGAUAAUAUUGGAAGAGAUCGUGCAUCUAGUAGUAGGGAUUCUGUACAUUUAAGUCACAUUCGUCAGUCAGAUCACAUUCAAGAUUAUGAAAGGACUAAAGAGAGAAAUAGGCAGAGGAAAAGGGUUCGAACCCCUGAAACUCCUCGUGCCUACAGAACUCGAACUCCAACCCCUGUUAAAAAUACUCAAAUGUGGGUUAAUAAAUCUAGACGACGAUCUCCAGACAGUCGUAACAGAUUCAAAUAUGUUUCGAAAAGUCCAAGCCCUUUCCCUAGGAACUUUAGUGCCUGGUCUAUGAGCAGAAGUCGAAGCAAAAGCCCAGUUGGGCGAAAUAGGAGAUUACGUUCACCUAGCCGCAGUUUUAGCCGCAGCCCAGCAAGGUGGAAGAAUCGUAAUCAGCGGUCAAUUUCUAGGACUAGUACUAAAUCUAGGUCACGUUCAAGUUCUCCUCACAGAAAACACUUGAAGAGGAGAAAAAGAAGUCCUAGUUUAUCAAAAUUUGCAUCAAGGAUAAUUUCAGAACUUUGCAAAGAUAGACGAGCUAAAAAAUUAAAACAUCGUGAAGCUCUGAUUAUUAGAAAAGAAACUGAUGUUAAAGAAACAGACAUAAAUCCAGAAAAUGGAACUGCUUGUGCUCCCAGCACUGUUGCAGAAUUAUCUGACAAUUCAUUAUCGUCUACUGCAUUCAAUUCUCAAGAACCUGUUCCUCCAACUGAACCUGAUUCACUUCCAGAUGAUUAUCAACAAUUGUUAGAAGAAACUAGUGUCUUAUCCAAUAGUCAGACUUCAGAUUCUACAGUUCUUCCUGUAAACCAAGAAAUAAAUAUUGAAACUAAGGAAACUCCAAAAGCUUCCAGGUCUCCUAUGGCAAUAUCUGAAGAGGAAAAGCAGCCUGUUCCUUCUAAAUCAGAAGGAAAGCCUCUUCCUCCUCCGUUACCAACUCUGCCACCUUUGCCUCUACCACCUGUUGGACCAGAAGAUGAAAACUUGGAUGAUGAGGAAGAUAUUGCUCUUUCACCACCACCUUCACCAGUUUUGGAGAAAAAACAGAGUACACCUCCCAAAAAAGGCAUUAAAGAUCUUCCACUGCCACCAGGUAUUAAAGAAGAAGAUAUCUUGUCUCCAGAAAUAGACCCUGACAAGUCUCCAAAUGAUUUGGAAAGUUCUGAACCAGCAGCCACUUUCCAGACAUCUCAUAAGCAAGUUAUAUUUAAAGGAUCCAUUGAACAUCCAGAAUGUAUUCCUCGACAUAAACGCCACUUAAAAAUUCUUAAUAAGGACAAUGACAACUGUGAUAGAUCACCCAGCUGGGGUGAAAGGUGUGUUGAUGUGUUCAACAUUAUUUGCCAGAUAGGUGAAGGCACGUAUGGACAAGUAUAUAAGGCUAAAGAUAAAGAUACAGGAGAACUUGUAGCAUUAAAAAAAGUCAGGCUUGAAAAUGAAAAAGAAGGCUUUCCGAUUACUGCUGUUCGAGAAAUAAAAAUUCUGAGGCAAUUAAAUCACCAAAGCAUCGUCAAUCUUAUGGAGAUAGUGACUGAUAAACAAGAUGCCUUAGAUUUUUGCAAAGACAAAGGGGCCUUUUAUCUUGUUUUUGAAUAUAUGGAUCAUGACCUCAUGGGAUUGCUAGAAUCUGGUUUGGUAGAAUUUUCAGAUAUCCACAUAGCAUCAUUUAUGAAGCAGCUGCUGGAUGGUUUGCGCUACUGUCAUCACAAAAAUUUUUUGCAUCGUGAUAUAAAAUGCUCUAAUAUACUUAUGAACAACAGAGGCCAAAUUAAACUAGCAGACUUUGGACUUGCUAGAUUGUACAAUGCUGAUGAUAAAACUAGACCUUAUACAAAUAAAGUUAUCACAUUAUGGUACAGGCCACCAGAAUUACUUCUAGGAGAAGAAAGAUAUGGACCUCCUAUUGACGUUUGGAGUUGUGGGUGCAUAUUAGGAGAGCUUUUCACGAAAAAGCCAAUAUUUCAAGCCAAUCAGGAAAUGGCUCAGCUUGAAGCUAUCAGUCGAAUUUGUGGGACCCCUUGUCCUGCAGUGUGGCCUAAAGUAAUCCAGUUACCACAUUGGCAUACCUUCAAACCAAAGAAGCAGUAUCGUCGUAGGUUAAGAGAAGAAUUUUCUUUCAUGCCGGGACCAGCUUUGGACCUUCUUGAUCAAAUGUUAGAGCUUGAUCCAGAUAAAAGAAUAACUGCUGAAAAUUCUUUAAAGUGUCAAUGGCUUAAAGAUAUUCACCCUGAAAAAAUGGAGCCUCCCGACCUUCCUCAUAAUCAAGAUUGCCAUGAAAUGUGGUCUAAAAGACGUCGCCGGCAAAUGAGGUUAGAGCAGGAAGCUGCAGCUGCUGCCUUGAACAACCCAGCUAUGCUUUCUCAAUCUGUAGAUGCUAUAUCUCUUUUAAAUACUUCAUUACUUUCUAAUAAUUCAAAAAUUCCAAAUUAUCCAGAUAAUCCUAUUCAGUCAAAUGUUUGGUCUGCUGAGCUUCAAAAUACAUGGAAUAAAAAGGAAAAGAAUGAUGAUAAGCUUGAGAUAGACAAAAAAGUGCUUGAACCUGCUUUGGCAGACCCCACGGUUACUCAACCAACAGCUGUUCGACAUCUUUUUCCUGAGGAUCAGAAGGUUUCAGAUCCUGUUGUUACGAGCCCUGGAGUACACUUACAGAGCAACUUGAAUAUGAUCACUGCAGCUUAUCAAAAACAUCAAGAACUAUCUUACACACAGUUGGCUGCACUUUUGAAUCUUAAAGUUGACCCAAAUAAUAAAGUUCUUCUUGAAAAUUUGAGUGCACAGCUUACAGCUGAGUCUGCUUUGCUUCAGAAAUUGCAAGAGACGAACAAAGAAAUCAUACCUGAUGCAUCUAAACCUCUUUCUGGCUCAACAAAAGAAAACCUAUCUGUUAAAUCAAGCUGCAACCCAGUAAUUGACAGUUUAACAUCUGAUGCUAACAAAAAACAGUUUAUUGAUCCAAUUUUGAGGAACUUGGAUCCUUCCAAUAAUUCCAAUAAAGCUGUAUCUCUGUCAGGUGUUAGAGAUGCAUUAGCUAAAGUACUUGCUCUUCAAGCCUUCCAAGGCACCUCCGCUUCAUCAGGUAUAAAUUUUCAGAGUAAAGCUGUAAAUAAUCCAGGCAUUAAAGUACCACCACAAAGUGGAAAUUUAAAACCAUUUAUUCCCGGACUUGAAACUGGGAGUGAGAAAAAAAUUCCUAGCCAGCAAACUGGAAAACCUGUUUUCAGUGCAAAAAAUUCAGGUGAAUAUCUAGCAUCUGAUACAGCUUCAAACAGUUGUGCAAGGAUGCUGGAUAGGCCACCUAAUUUUUCAAAUAGACCUGUCAUGUUAACUAAUGUUGCUUCUGGUAUGCCUGUGUCACAAGGGCAAUCUGAUGUACAGUUACAUCCUCUGAAACUGCACUUUCCUGGAGGAGCUCCUUUCCAAGGUCCAAUUUAAUGAAAGUUGUAAAUAAACAGAUUUUGAUUACAUAUUGUUAGAUAAUGAUUAUUUUUGCUUGGGGAAAGAUGAGGUUUACAGAUUGAUAUGAAUUUGUUCAGAUAUUUAAAAACUUUUUUUUAUACAUAUUGAAGGAAAAUUAAAGAUAAUAUAUCCGCAAUGUCCAAUUAAUUUGUUGCAUAAAAUUAAAAUAGCAGCAUAAUUAGUUAAUCAUAUCAUUCUGAAAAAGAAGGCAGCCUUCAUGAAAAUAAUGUAAUCCAAAAUUGGUUUUGCACUUCCAAUUAUAUCAAUAUGGUUUUCAUGUUAAAUGCUUGAUAAAAUCAUUCUUUAGACUGUUAAUUAUUUUCAUGUUUUUCCUUUUAAGUAAAGCUUAUCUUGCUUUCUGA